CAAUAAAGAGAGUGAAGGGACGGCGAUUAGUGUAGAGGUAGGCCUAUGCAAUUCCACAAGUGCCAUAUCUUUUAGAAUUGAGCUCAGAAAAAAAGCUGCGAAACAAAUUACUCCGCGCGCACGCUUUACAUUGAAUACGUAAUUAUUCUUCUUAGAGGGCCACUUGUAUAAACUUUUGUAAAGUCGGGGCGCUUUGAAUGAUGAUCCAUCGCCUGGGGCGAACGCGUACGCUGAGUCGUUGGUUAAAUCAGUUCAAUGGGUUAAUGAUGACAUUUUGGAUGGGAGCGAGAAGUUUUUGUUUGGACGGUUUGUCAUCAGGCAGCCCAUUAGGCUUGUUUGUCGAUGCGAUGGGGUGAAGGGGUGAAAGCUGUUUAUGUGGCGAACUGACCUCGACAAGGAGCAAUCGAGCAGUCUGGCAGCUCCGGACCUAACCGUGUUCGUGUUCUUGAUGACGCCUGACGUGGUACUGUUGAGCUUUUCCGGCUUGGUGAUUCUGCAAUCUGCAUGAGCAAAACCGCAUGACUGAGCAGAUACCGAGCAAGUUGAAGGCUUGAUCAAGUCCGACAGCCCGGUCCGACUUGACCGGGAGACCCAGACAGCUUGACCGUGCCGAUUACGCUGUCUCUCCCCGAGUGAGACGGCGAGAUGUUGCGGUGGCUUCGGAGGCGAUGGCGCCGGUGGCUGCCCGUGGGCUGUCUGGCCGCCGUAGUGAUCAUCAACUUGUUGGCGAGCGGAGGGGCGGGGUCGGAGGGCGCGAGGGACGAGGGCGGAGACGCUGGGCUUAAACAGCCCGUAAUAGGUGAUGUUUCGCCGCUGGCAGCAAAUAUGGGUUUCAGGAAGCGCCUACAGGCCUACCCGGAAAAGGACAGCCCAGGAUCCCCGAAUAGUCUGGAGAGUGUCAAAAACUCAGCGGGACCUGACGGCCAGCGCAGUCUGCCCGAUCCGGUCAUAGGUCACCACGGAUCCCCGUCACAACACGGACAGCAGGGAAAUCAAGAAACGCCUCCGCGUUUCAAAAUCUUCGUGUACGAUCUCCCUUUGCGCUUCAACACAAAUCUGACUAGCUGCUCGCAGGCUCAUUCUGACGGUUGCUACAAGUUCGAUCAUUUCGGGAUGGGACCGGAGCUGCGACGGCACGAUUAUCUGUCGUACCGCGACACCCACCAGUUGUCUUCGGAGAUCAUCAUCCACGAAAAGAUGCUGCGGAGCCGGCACAGGACUCUGGACGCCGAAAAAGCAGACGCGUUCUACGUGCCUUUUUACGCCGCCCUGGCUUGUACCUGUAAGGUGAAUUCCGAAAUGGAUAUCAGUGAACUUUACGAAGACUUGUGGCGUUACCUUAGGUCCACGUCCCCGUAUUUCGGGAGCUCCGGUGCCCCACGGAGGCCACACUUAAUGGCCCUGGGGAAGAUCGAGCGAGAAUUUUGGACCAGCAAUUGCCCGCUUCUCCGCGACACCGAAAGGACCGGUGGGAUCACCUUCAUAGGCGUGGAGGAAGAGGUAAACGAGGAGCUGCGAAAAUAUUUCAAAAGGACGAACAAGCGGAUGGUCGUGGCGCCCUACCCGAGCUACGGUCACUUUGAUUCGAGUUAUACCUCAUCUUUAGGGGUACAGAAUCAGGCUGGCUUCCCAAGUGAUAUCAGGAAGACCACCAGAGAUGUUCGGAUGUUCAUGGCGGUCGGGAGCCGGAAGGGACACGAUGUCAGGGUGAUCCUGAAGCGUCACAUGACUGGGACGUCCCAGCGGUACGCCACCUUCACCGCGUCCUCCAGCAAGCAGCGACGGUACGCCGUGUGGUACAGCACCCCGGAGUGCCGACGGGACAUGCAGCUGCCCGUCGUAGACUGGAUGAGGCAUUCGGUCUUCUGCCUGCAACCACCGGGGGACUCCCUGACCAGGAAAUCCUUCUACGACGCCGUCAUGGCCGGCUGCAUCCCGGUCACCUUCAGACCCAAGAAGCGAUCGGCUUCCGUCACCUACCCGUUUCAGGAUCGGCUGGACUAUACGCGUUUCACCGUCAACAUCCCGUUGGAUGACGUCCUGUCUGGAGCCGUUCGCGUCGUUGACCGACUGCGAAUCAUUCCCGAAUCUCGGAUCGCCGAUAUGCAGCGGCGGCUGGCUGAGGCCGCCCCGAAGUUACAGUACUCCUACCCGCCCACGUCCGAAGAUGGGGACGCGUUUUCUAUGAUUGUGGAAGAAAUGCUGAGAAUAGCGGCAUAGUUUUCACUCGAUAGUCGGUAUAUUACCGUGAUUAUCGUUGCCAUUAACCUUUAUAAUUUGGUCGGACAAUGUAAAACAUGUUGAAGAAUUUUGCCAUUAGCAUCAGAGAAACUCAAAAUCACUAUUCGGGAUCCUUGAGUAGUAAGAAGCCAAAGAAAGCAAUGAAAAAAUGAGGGUAGGGGUGUACUAUAGAACCGAAGGAGGGGACCCAAGUUAGGUAACAUUUUUUGAUACACAAGCUUUUGAAUGGUAAAUGAACUCUUUAAAGCAAUAAUUUUUACAACUCAUUAUUGUACAGGGUAAUCAAUUUAUGUGGCAUUGGGUUGAAGGUAUACCCUUCGGGCAUUUUGUCCAAAUCGUGGGUCCAAAGGAAAGUGUAUAUUUUGUACUAAGAAAAAUAACCCGCGAAGCCUGACGGUACCCCCAAAGGUUCACAUAAUAUUAUUAAUGGUUGCAGACCGGUAAAUAGGCCCAAAACUGCAUACGCCGACCAAAUCAUCAUUUUCGUAGGCCCUCAGUGUGCUGUGAUCCUUGCACUUGAGGGUUUGCAGAUAAAGGUCCAAGAUCUUAUCCGGACUUGAAACUUAAAUUGUUGAAAAAAAAUGAGGAUGAAAUUGGACCGGAAAGUCGCUCUAUUUGUAAAUGGAGUGCAUGGAUCAUUUUUCAAGAUGGGGAUGGACUUCUUUCCAGGACUACUGUUUAGCGGUGUUCAUCUGUGGAGGGAAAAUCCACUAUGUCAUCGGUAGCCCCAUAAGUGUGAACAGAAAACGAAAGAGGGUUAAUAAAGCUUUAAUUUAAUGUGUCUGUU